CCUCUCCGGCGACUCGAAAUGUGCUCUCACGCCUCUGAUGGAUCAGUAAGCUUGUCUGUGCGCGUACUAAUCAUCAACAUCGAUGACAUGUAAGUUGGGAAACGAACGCACUGAUAUCGGAGGUUGUCUUUGCCGUAGUAUAAAACUGGCAGUUGAAGGUGAACUAUCCAGACACCACCAACAGUCUCACCGUAAAUCACGCAUCCAGAGCCUUUUCUAGAUCAUGCCUUCAUAUUUCAUCACUGGUACCAGUAGAGGCAUUGGUCUUGCCAUCGUCACCGAACUCCUCAAAGACCCUCAGAACUUUGUCAUUGCCUCUGCUCGCAAUCCAGGCGGGUCUAAAGGCCUUUCAGAACUUGCCUCUCAGUAUCAUUCAGAUCGCCUGACCUUGGUCACUCUCGACACAAGCGUUCCCGGGCAGAUCACUGCUGCAGCUGCUGAGGCUCAGAAGCUCCUACCGAGUGGGCUGGACUACUUAAUCAACAAUGCCGGUGUCUCUUAUCAGAACAGUGCGACCAGCACUUUUGACGAGCUGGAUAUUGAGCUAUUCGAAAAAGAGCUGUUGUUCAACACUGUCCCCAUCAUCCACAUCCUCCGCGCUUUUAAGCCCCUCGUCUUGAAGAGCGCAGAGAAGAAGGUGCUCUUCGUCACCUCCGAGCUCGGUUCCAUUGAAAUUGCUGACGCACGGCCCAACCUCGCUAACGCUUAUGGCGUCGGGAAAGCCGCGCUCAACAUGCUCGCUCGCAAGUGGGGUGCCGUCACCAAAGACGAAGGUAUUAUCUCCAUCCUCAUUCACCCGGGAUGGGUCGACACUGAGUUAGGGAAUAAUAUCGACGCUUGGAUUCAGGAACGUGUUCCUGGUUUGAAACCUAUCAGUACUCAGGAGAGUGCAAAGGGUGUGAUCAAAGUGAUCCAGGAGGCGAAGAAACAGGAUGCUGUUCCGUUUGUGAAUUACGAUGGCUCGGUUAUCCCUUGGUAGAAAGUUCGUGUAGCGGAACCUCAGGCUGGCCCAGAUCUAACGGGACAUACAGAAACGUCGUGUAUUUUUAGGAUGAGACGAUGCAUCGAAUUAGAAUCGAAUGCACAGGAUGCAGUCACUAGUCCUUCACCGAAAGUACUGAAAUUGCCAAGGUGUAAGGUCAUUACCAUAGUGCUUUCGAGCGAGUCCCUUUCGUUCCCGCGACGUUAAUCUGCAGCUUCCAUUUAAUUGUCAAGGCCUUCCAAAUUCUCCCAAGUUUGCAUGUAGUUUUGCUGAUGUAUACAAGUCCAACGAGGAACAAGGAAUCAUCAAAGAAUCAAC